AUGGACACAUUCUACCACACUGCGGAAGGGGUCGUUAAUACUGCCCAACAAAAUUUGAACGGCGGUGUUUUUACAUUUGUUCUAGAGCAGCUAACAGACUCGCCCGAGUUCCUCCACAAUUUGCAUUUACAACCGUUUUCUGCACAUUUUUUCAAAGUAAUAAGCUCUGGUGGAUUUUUGACGGGGAUAUUUUUUGGCUUCCUCUGGUGCAUUGGCCUUUUAGCUGGUUUUAUUCAUAUAUGGUGGCUGAGGCGUCGCAACAAAACCGGUAUGAUAGCGCUACAUGGAGUAAAAGCGCAAACCUCUGCCAAUGUAUGCAAAAAAGAUGGAGCAAACUCCCCUAAAAAGUCGAAUUUAUUCCUCCGGAGCCGCCAAAUGCAAUCAAAUUGGGUCUGUAUCGCAUCUCAAUGUGUUACAUUCACAACACUGAUAGCUCUUCUUUUCCUAUUAUGCAUUCUUGGUUUCGUCACAAGUUACUCACUUCAUACAUCCCUAAUUUUUAAAGCAACUCCUUCACAAUCCUUGCAGAACCCAAAAUUUAUGUUCAGCAACAGUGGCUUCUUUCCUGGCAUAGCAUCGGCUCUUCAAAGUGCACGGAUGUAUAUUACAGAAUUUCUUCAUGAAGUUCGGAUUUCAACAAAACCAGCUGUCGACAAUCUUAUAAAAGCGACUGUUGAAAUGCAAAACAGAACUACACAGGAUUUUACAGCUCUUCUGUUCAAUAUGCUCGGCAUUGACAGAGCGUUUGACCUUGGAGACAAGCUAGGAACUCACACUGUCAGUUUGCUCAAUUUAGUUACUCCACUGAAACGCCAUUUGAUCGAAUACACGGAUACUAUUUCCUCACUCAGCAUGGCUAUUGCCAGAUGGAAUGGGUACAUGGAACAGCUCCAUGUGGAAAAAAAUGCGACUGUUACGAAAUCAUGCGAAGCAAAUGCAGAAUGCGAUUUGCCCACACUCGCAUUGGCAGAUGUGACAGUUAGCUCGAAUUGGCGUCUUUCCCAAUUCGAUUUUGUGAUUGCUCUUAACUUUGUGACAGACGCACAAAAUCGAACUCCUGAGGUGAUAGAGGAACAAAUGAAGUCUGCCCGCCUUUUGGCUGCACGUCAGCUAAAAAACACGAUGGAAAGGAUGCGUGUGGAAAUUGAUGUACCUGGUUCUUUGCGAAACUUAACCGAACAAAGUUGGAUAAAGAUUGCGGAGAAUUUGAACGGUGCAAUUGGACAAAUAGACAAUAUUACUGACACUAUUCCUAAGAAAUUCCAUGCCAUGGUUGCUGUUGGAUCAAAUUACCUGUUUGCUGCAUGUUGUCUGAUUUGGAUUAUCAUGGUAUCUAUUGCACUUGGAACAUCAGUGCUUCUUUUCCAUUUUCACUGUGUCAAUGCUGCAAUUAAACCUCAAAACAGACGAAAAAUCCGUUGUGUUACAUCUUUUGUUCUCCUGAUGCUUAUUUUCUGCAUUUUUGCCUCUUGCAGCCUCUUCCUUGUUUCCGGAUACGCACAUACAGAAUUUUGCCGAUAUAUUAGUCCUGAUCGUGCAGUUAUGGAGACAUCAGUUGGAGGAUUGCGAGGUCCUCGAACCUCUUUUGUUUUGGAUACUCAUGUGAACGCCUUUCUAGAUCGAAAUUGGGCCAACAUUGUUAAAAUGGUAAGGGAAAUGAAUAGCCAAAGAGAAGGACUUGAAAUACCCAUUCCAAAGAUAAGAAGCCCUCUUUAUGCCCUAAAUGUGGCCUGCAAAGAAAACGCCGGAAUAUUGGAUGCUUUUGGAGCACUGGAAGACUUCAAUUUUUCUGUAUUCAACAAACCAGAAAUCACAAACAAAUUUGUCGACAAAGGAAGGAGCAUAAUGCGGGAUACCCUGCUAGAACUCAAUGCAACUGAGAUGUUCCCACCAGCUCUGACAGAAUCUGUCCAACUGGCAUCCCGUCUGGAUGACUUCCUUAUUCCCUUUGAUAAGGUGAGACGAGAGCUGCCAAGGGACUUUUUAAACGUCACUUCACAAAACAAAACGAUGCUCAUGUCGGGAUCAGAGUUGGCUCACUUGUGGCGGGAAUAUUAUGCAUUUCUUAAUAAAAGCAACUUGUCCUCCGAAACUCUUACUCGAGCCGAUGAACUGGCAAGCAUUGUUUUCAAUCUUUCCUCCGGAAUCAAAAUUUUACUCGAGUCUGUGGAUGAGAGCCUUCAAAGGUUGGGAAAGUUACAGAAAAUUGGUUCAACUGUGCUAGAACUUCAGAGGAUAUUUGAAAGUCUGAUUAAUCAACUCAGAAAUAGGGAGGAACUGGUGAAGAAAGCUAUGAAUUUGUACGAUUCUCACGUUGCAAGAGACUUGCCAAAGAAGGUCGAGGCCAUAAUAUCUCAAUAUGGUCCACCACUAAUACGAGAAGUUGGGCACUGCAGAAAGCUGCACGAUGCUUAUGCAGUAGGUGUCUCGGCAAUCUGUGAUCUUGUAGUUGAACCCCUAAAUGGUGUGUGGUUCUUCUCUGGCCUCUGUGUCCUCCUCUCAACCAUGCUGAUUUCUUUUGGAUCAUUCCUUCUGCUACACAAAAUUCGCUCCUUUUCGCACGUCACGAUUGGCGGUAGUGAACCUCUGCGUAUCACCACCCACGAUCAAGAGUCCAUAAAACCUGGUCAAGUUCGUUCCUCUGUAAACGGAGUAAGGGUUGUUCAGCCUCCCGGAAUUCAUGCACUCAUUCGAGGACGAGAGGCUGGACCAGCAUAA